CGCUUCUUUUCGUCUGUCAGUCAUUUGGCAGCACUGCCACAUUUUUUGCCGCUAGUGUGAGGAUUUGAAAUGUAAUUUAAGAGUAAAAAAUGCCAAAACGGCCUUAUCCGGAUUACGAUAUCGUACAACCGGUGAAAAAACAACAAAAUAGUUUAUCAAAAUCGCGGAAAAUUCGCUCAUCGUCGUCAGAGCGGACGCUCCAGUUAUUAUAUAAGGGGGCCUCCAAACGCGAGAAAAAUGAGGAACCUCAUUCACUGAUGUGUACUGUAUGUUCAAAAGAAGCCCCCUCGGGGGUCAUUUGUAACUAUUGUGAACACGCGUUAUGUUUGCAGUGCACAAAUAUGUGCCAUAAAUGCAGUAAUGGGUUUUGUAACGAUUGCUCAUUUCCCACAUACGAUCAUAAUGUCGCAGUUUGUUAUUCCUGCUACAGUUAGCGCACAAUUGUAUUAAUUUAUUGGGUAAAGAAAACAAUCAUUAUGUAACAUGAUAAUAUUUAUUGAUAUAAAAUAUAAUAUUAAAUGAA